AUGUUGCGCUUGCUGGCCACCCAGCUGUGUGCGGCCCGGGCGGUGCGGACGCUGGCGUCCAGCCCGGCGCUGGCGGUCCCGGCCGCCGAGCUGGUCAAGCUCAAUACGCUGGCAGACAACCCCGGCGCGCGGCGGGCGCGCAAGCGUGUGGGCCGUGGGCAUGGCUCUGGCCGUGGCAAGACAGCAACGCGCGGACACAAGGGCCAGAAGGCGCGGUCGGGCGGAGCGCCCGCCCGAGGGUUUGAGGGCGGACAGACACCGCUGCGCAAGCGGCUGCCCAAGCGCGGCUUUACCAACGCCUCGUCGCUUGCCUACGUCCCACUCAACCUCGACCGCAUCCAGACUGCUGUUGCCGACGGCAGGCUCGACGCCUCGGCGCCCAUCACCAUGCGCUCGCUCGUCAACGCCGGCGUCGUCUCGGCGUCGUCGGUCAAGGACGGCAUCAAGCUCCUCGCCGGCAAGACGCCCGAGACCUUCCGCCUCCCCAUCACGCUCGAAGUCUCGGCCGCCUCGUCGACUGCCAUCGAGGCCAUCGAGCGCGCCGGUGGCUCCAUCAAGACUGUCUACUUUAACCGCCUCGGCCUGCGCGCCCUGCUCAAGCCGCACACCUUUGACGUCAUGCCGCGCCUCGCCCGCCCGCCGCCGCGCCUUCGCGCCCGCUACGAGUCGUACGAGCACCGCGGCUACCUCGCGCCCGAGUUUGCGGGCGACUAUCCGGCUGGCUGGCUCGACGGCGCCGCCGACGUCGACGCUGCCCUCGAUGCCAUGCUCGCCACCGCAAAGUCGACGGCAGAGGCCGACGAUGCCGAGUAA